GCUACUAGGACCAGCUACAUGUCUCCAGCCGGGCAGGAUGCGCCCCGAGGCCGCCAGGCAGGCAGGCGGGCCGGGCAAGGACAGGUCUGAUGGGCACGGGAACAGUCUGAAAACUGGAGACGCCUCGGUGGAGGAACAGAAGCACCUCUUGAAGAACUGGGUUCAUCGCAGGGAUGCCUCUCGCCAAUGAACAGGGAGGCUUGCGAGGUGUGGUAGGUCAGGCCAGGAUCCAGGGGAUGAAGGCCAGGGUGUGCAGUUCGAUUCCGGUCUUGUUUGUUGUUCUGUCCCAGCAGAUGAAGUGCUGACAGGGAUGACCCAGGGGACUGCACCCCAAUGGCGUCCUCGCAGCCCCUGGAACUGACAGUCUUGGGGAAUGGCACAGGGCCUAGCUGGAGAGCCCCACAAGGGGGAUCUUCAGCACCAUGGACAGCCCCCAGCUCCGGAAUCGAGAACGUCUCUUACCAAGGUGGGGAGGAAGAGGAAGAAGAGGAGGCAGAAACCUCCUUCCGGAGCGCUCAAGGCACAAGAAGCAGCCCCAGGGAGCACACAGCGCCCUCUAGGGGAGACCUUUCCCCAAGGUCAGAGGACGCCCCUCUGUCGGACGCAACUGGAAACUCUGCGGACUACGGCUUCAUUUUGGCCUUAGUGUUCUUGGUCAGUGGCAUUUUGCUAGUGAUUGUGGCCUACAGCAUCCCCCGGGAGGCCCGGGUCAACCCCGACACAGUGUCUGCCAGGGAGAUGGAAAGGCUGGAGAUGUAUUACGCCCGCCUGGGUUCCCAUUUGGACAAGUGCAUCAUUGCAGGCUUGGGCCUGUUGACUUUAGGGGGGAUGCUGCUCUCCGUUCUCCUGAUGGUGUCCAUCUACAAAGGAGAGCUCUACAGGAGAAGAACAUUCCCGGCUUCCAGAGCUCCCCGGAAGACUUAUGGAUCUAUAAACCUAAGGAUGAGGCAGCUGAAUGGAGAAGGGGGUCAAACCUUGGUUGAGAACGAGGUCAUUCAGAUGACAGAAGCUACAGCCAGCAGCCAGAGCUGCUGAUAUUCCUUCGUAGGUGCAAAAUUCACUUGAAAGGACAGGGGUUAAGGAAGGCUUUUUUCCGGGGGUUGAAAAAAACAUUCGUAUUUAAGGAUCACU